CACCGGCACUCGCUUGGCGGGGGAAGAGAGCGAGUGAUCAAUCAAGGAAAGGAAGAUGGUGGUGGAGCAGGCGGCGUGGCUCCCCUGUGAGGCAGCGACCGUACCCGUCGAUCUACAACACAGAGACGCAGCCCGGUCCGAAACCGUCUCCUGAUAACCGCACGAUUUAGCCAUGCCCCGAUCACGACGGGGCGAAGGAUCCCGCCGAGGCGGCCGAGGUGCUCGUAGCAACCCCAAGAUGGAGUCUCCAGCAAGUGACGAUGAAGCAGCUAGUGAAGUGCUCAGUCAUUACAGCAGUGCCAGUGAAAGUGCCAGUAUAGCUGAGGAAAUGACAGGAGGUGAAGCAGUAGAUGAGCAAGCACAGCAAGAGGAGAUGGAAGAUAAAUUGAAAGAAUGCAUUGACAAUGUGAUGGACAAAAGUGCCAAGACACGGCAGGUUGCCCUUGAGAGCCUGCGGCUAGCCUUCUCCUCCAAGACGCUCUUUGACUUCCUGUUGGAACGCAGGUUCACCCUCACAGAUUCCUUAGAGAAGUGCCUGAAGAAAGGUAAAGGGGAGGAGCAGGCCCUUGCUGCUACCGUACUUACACUACUGUGCCUUCAGAUGGGCUCGGGGCCAGAAGGGGAGGAGGUCUUCCACAGCCUGAAGCCGCUCCUCAUCACCAUCCUGACUGACACGUCAGCCAGCCCUGUUGCUCGGCAGAGCUGUGCGACUGCUCUCGGGAUGUGCUGCUAUAUUGCUGCUGCGGAUAUGGAGGACCUGGUAUCCUGUCUGGCCUGCCUGGAAGGUAUCUUUGGCACUUCAUGCAGCAAGGAUGCCAGUUUGGCACCCUCCCAACACAGUCCUCUGCUCCGGAUAUUGCAUUGCAAUGCGCUCCAGUCUUGGUCGCUGCUUCUCACCAUCUGUCCAAGCACCCAGAUCAAGAAGAUCCUGGACAACCAUUUACCUAAGCUGCCUUUGAUGCUCUCCAGUGAUAAUGUCAACCUGCGGAUUGUGGCAGGUGAAACAAUUGCACUGCUGUUUGAGCUGGCCCGGGACAUAGAGGAGGAUUUCUUUUACGAGGACGCUGACCUGCUGUGCACCAAACUAAAAGCCUUGGCCACUGACAGCAACAAGUACCGAGCCAAAACAGACCGACGCAAGCAACGAUCCAUCUUCCGCGAUGUCCUGCAUUACAUUGAGAAUGGGGAGUGCCAUGAGGAGACCAUCAAGUUUGGACUGGAGUGCAUGUAUGUUGACAGCUGGGCAAGGAGAAGAACGUACAAUGCCUUCAAAGAGGCCCUUGGUUCUGGUGUCAGGCACCACCUGCAGAACAAUGAGUUGUUACGGGAGACAUUUGAGCUGGGACCGCCACUAGUGCUGGAUGCAGCAACUGUUAAAGCCAGUAAGAUCUCACGCUUUGAGAAGCACCUGUAUAAUUCUGCUGCCUUCAAAGCCCGAACGAAAGCAAGGAGCCGUGUUCGAGAUAAGCGAGCUGAUGUCCUCUGAGGGCUGGUCUCCUUCUCCUCUUCCUGCCUUCCAUAGAAGCCAAUGAACUACAACCGACCUGGACCACUGUGAACCUUGCAAGGGUGGAGAGAUCCUGAGGCAGAAGCCCUCCCAUGGCCUCAGCCCAUUGAAAAAGUGGGCUUGUGCCCUGUCCCCCUCAACACCCCCACCUUUCUUUGGGGGCUUUUAUAUAUGUACAGAAUAAUAUUUAAAUGUCUUGGAUGUUUGAAUUAUGGUGGGAUGACAAUGGGCAGGUGCCAUUUUUAUUUUUUUAACCAAAAAUUUAAGCGAGGUUGGGUGGUGGAGAGAUUUUUUUCUCACCCCUGCUGCUUUUUUUAAGCCAGUGAUUUUUUUACCCCUUUUCCCCCUAUCUCCGUCACUGAAUGUAUUAAUCAAAGACUGAAUCUUCUCCCUUCGCCUCCUGCAGUUGUGAACUUUCCCAGUGAUGAACUUGGUUCGGAAGGUGGUUUUAGGAUAAGGCUAUCAACGGCAGGGUCCAGGGUGGAGGCUGUGAAAGGACCAGUUUGAGGUUGGGUGCCUUGGGUUUUUCCCCUCUGGUGUUGAAGGUAUUUUGCUGUGAGAUGGAUGAAAUGUACUUUUAGAGAUCAGUGUCGAUGAUUAAAAGUAAGGCUUGAUAGCAUGCGAAGAAGGUUAUACCUCUUCUCUACUGAUGCAGUUGCUUAUCAUUGUUGGCUAUGCUCUCAUAUCCUCUUUAUCGCCACCUGUCGUUCUGUUCUCACUCUUUGAGGUUCAGCUUUGCUUCUUGCUUACUGAGCUUUAUUUUUUUUUUAUGGGAAACUACUCUACUUCAGUGACAAAAGGAGAAGCCAAUCAAAGCUGUGCCUCAGGCUGAAAAAAGGUCCUUUCCUUGUGUUUGGAUUCUUUGGUAGGCCUGAGCAUUCUUCUUUUUCUCCACACAGGGAGAAUUGACCCUACUGUGAGGAAGUUCUCUGGUUUGUUGUCUGGUAAAAAGAGCAGCAGGUUUUUGAUGCCACUAUUGAUUUAAUUUUGCCUUUACUAUUCAUUUUGCAGUGGGAGAAAGUCAUUGUGCCGUGGCAGUGGUGCCUCACCUUGUGACUACUUCGUUUUGGCUAACUUGCCUCUUUGAUUUUUGCCAGCCUGCUUUUGCAGAUGUAACAACUCAAUGCUCAAACAUUAGGCUAGGCAACCUUUCUGAGGCAGGGGCACAUUUGUAAUUUUGUGUGUAUGUGAUGUACAUGCUGACAAAAAUGGCUACUAUAGGACACUAGUCUGUUUACAAAAUGGCUGCAUUGGUUGGCAUGAUCAGUCACCCAAACUUAUUUGCCCAAAAGUGAACUUUCCUACUCAAAGUGUUCUCUGCCACCUCAGUGGGUCCUUUGUGCAGUCCACACGUUGUCCUAUAUCUAGAGCUUUGUUCUACGGCAUCCCAGCUUUCUAUUUUUAAAAUAUGCUUUUAAAUAACAUGAAGUGGAACAGGAAGCUUUAUGGGUGCUAAAGGGGAUGUCUGAUGCACACUUACACGCCCACACAUCCAGUUCUGUAUCCCAAAUCAGUUCCAGUUCGGCACCCUAUCCCAGCUGAAAUCAUUGUUCUAAGGCAAAACUGACUUAGUAGAGAUACACUCACGUAUCUUUUUAGGAAGCACGGAGUUUGCACACAGUCUGCACAUAUAUAUCCAGCGUACUAAACCUUCAUAUUCCGCAGAAACCUUUGUUGAUAAGAAUGCAAAGGUAGCAGUCACUUAGUGGUAAGCCAAGCCAAGUUAAUAAGAUUCUCUUUCCCAGAAAAUCUGUUUGGAUUUUUGUCUAAAAUACUGCCUCCCUUGCCUGUUUUUCUCAGAAGAGAAAUCUGCGUUGAUCCGCUGGUCUUCAGACCAUGAGGAACAAUUAGCCAUAAGAAUAAAACCUUUUCUUUUUUUUGCAGGAGGAUGGCUAGCAGGAAAAUAACUAUAUUCUCAGUGUAUCCUUGAUGAAUACCAACUUUUAUUUUGAAGCAAAAAUAACACUUUAGAUCUAGACCAUUUUUUUUUUUUAAAGCUCAAGGUAAAGCCUCUCCUGAGCCAAGCUCAGCUCUUGGUGACUUUACAGAUGUGUGCAUGUAACUUUUCCAACAACAUGGUUUAUGGUUGCCUUCCAGGGCUUUCUUUUUCCCUGCCUAAUGUACAGCUCUGGGAUUUCCUGGGAGUAUCCCAUCUAAGUACUAAGCAGUAGGCUUUCAAGUUCUGCCAGGGUCAUCUAAAUGCUUAGUAAGUACGCUCCUGUUGGCUUGAGCUCAUUCACAUGGCUUUUGCAGCUGGAGGUUCAUCUUCAAAAAGAGUAAAGAGUAUCCUCUUUCAACUGUACACCCAGUGCCUUAUUGGCUUUGCAUUUUCUCAUUCUAACCAGUUGUGUGCAUAUUCUCAUGUCACAAUGCAUUUUGAAUGGUGGCCACAGAAACCUAGAGCUCAUCCACACAACCUCUUUGCCCUAACUUGAAGACACCUACUUGCCAUUUGCUGAGGACAUGACUCCACUAUGGAGCCUCCAUCUCCUUGCCAGCCCCCUGCUGAAGUGGGUUGAAGCCAAUCCAAGGUGUUCCCGAAGGAAAGUGGUGUUUUCCAAAGAGAUCUGCCAUGUAGCCAUUCUAGGUCACAUGGGGGAAGAGUCAUCAGAGGUUGGAGAUCUGAUGAACAUUGAUUGGCCCGUUGCAGGACUGCUCUGUGUAGCUGCUGGGCUCUGUGUCUCUGUGGCCUUUUCUAAUUUGACUGGACUUCUCUUGUGUAAUGUUUUCUUUUUUUUAAUUUGGGCAGGGGAAUAUUGAACAAAGUAAAAAAAAAUCUAUCUGCUUACCAAUGGGAACACUUACUAUUCCACUGAUAAGCAGAAAGCAGAACUUCUUCCUCUCUUUCAGGCACUGCAGCAGAAGACAAGGGUGUGCUGUGGGGCUACACGUGCUACUGCAUUGUACUUUCUAUGAGAGAGAGCAGCAGGCAGCGGCCUUGGUGAGCCCUCUGUCCCUCACCCACGGACCACGAGGCUGAGAGUCAGGGAGACUAGGCUUUGCCUCCACUGCCACUUCCGGCAAUUCCCACCUCUACAUUCCCCAUAGGGUGUAUGGGUUGAAAGAGCCAAAAGAAAGUACAGCCAAAAUCCCAUGCGUGCUGUAGCCACACAGAGCUUGGCUGAGAAGCCAUCUCCGCCAGCAACCAUCAGGUGGAAACCCGCAGCAGCUGGGACUGACCCUCUGGCCUUCCCACUGACGCCACCACUGGCUCCUUGGGCAGGUAUGGCAGUCUGGGGAGAAGAGGCUGGGAAAGGAGUCAGCCCCACCCACGGAAUGAUUGCAGUUGUGUGGGUGGAACAGUUCUAUCCACAUUGCAUCCUGAGUGAGCCUGGUCAAUGUUACUGUCCCCUGCGUGCUUUCUUCCUUCAGGAGCACUCCAGGAUGAUUUUGAAGGAACAGUAUUUGCACAAAAAACUAGCUCUGAGAUAUGUAGUGUACUGCCUCAACUUCUCUGGUCCUCCCACAUUGAGUGUCCAAUUACACAGUCUGCAGGCAUGCUCAAGUGAGCGAUUAGUAGUCAUGUGGGUGGGAGGGGAAAAAUAAGGAAUCCUCCAAUCACUGCCCUGGAAUCCACAUUAAACUGUGUGCAGGCAGCAAUACAUCUAGCCCCGUAUCUGAAGAUAGGCAGUGGGGAGAGUGGUUUUUGCAUUGCCAUCCCUUUCAGUCUCACGGGCAGCAGGGGAGCCCAUUGGCAUUGCUCUGUGGAUAAGCCUAUAGUGUUUUCAUAAAAGGAAUGACUUGUCACUCUCCUCUCUGCUUCAAAGGAAAAGUUAGCAUUUUUCAACAAAAGGGUGACCACAGGCAUUUUUCUGUUGGGCAUUCCCCUGUAAAAAAACAAAAGGGGUCUUAAGUCUAACAGCAGGAAAUUUAUAGUCUGUACAUACUCAUAUUCUUAAUUUGGGCUACAGGACUACCCUCUCCAUCAGUUUUUGCCUUGUGGAGAGCCAGGCACAAAUUAGGAAAUGGCUUUGCGUGUAUGUCUAAUUUCUGCUGUACUUUAACACAGAACAGGGAGUUUUAUGAAGAAUUUUCAGGGCCAACAGCAAACGCUCCUUUCUUUUAUUAGGCUAGGAUAAUGGCUGGAUUCUGUGUCCAUGCCUAGUUCUUUACAGACUGAUGGUUUCUUUUCUAUAGGUGGAUCCCCCUUUUAAGCAAACAGUGAGGAUCAAAGAAGCCUAGGAUUUUUUAUUAUAACUCUUCAAGCACAUCCCCGUGCAACAUUUUUUAAAAAAAAUACAUAUGAAGUUGAGUAGUGCAUUUUGAAAAAGGUGCUUAUAGUAUCUCUCAAAAUACUGUGAUCAAUGAAACACAAAGCAUGUGUGAUGCUGCUGGAAGCCUGCUUACUAGGAACCCCAUUCUUUUUACUUCUUGGUCAGAUAUCUGUCUGUCGCACAGUGUCCUCCCUGGGCAAUCUCAAGGGGGCCUGUAGUCCAUUUGUCCUACAGGUUGCAGCAGCUGGAAAACCCAUCAGUGCUUCUCUAGGACUCCUUUUCGUUUUAGUGAUCGGAUUGUCCAAGUCACCCAUACUGCUUUCUUUAAACUGGUGAAGCAAUGAGUUGGCUUCCACUCUUCUAAAGCUCUGGAACUGAGCUUCUCUAAAAGAGAGGGUGGGAAUGAUGAGGCUCUCUGGCUCAGGUUUGACCCCCAAGCUCACUGGCAUUUAGCUCUCUCCAUAGCUGUAAGCUCACAGCCCUCAUUUGCCGGAUGGCCUCCUCUUGGGACUCCAGCCACUGGGCAAGAGCGCGGAGUGACUCCCGCUGUAAGACUGUAAAAGAGAGAAAGAGUAACCAGAUGACUACCAUAGGAUGUUUAUAGAGCCUCUCUCUUCUGCACCAUUUUUAAUAUGGAUGCAUGUCACCCUGCUAUACCCAAACCUCUUAAUCUUUAUAUAUAUAUUCCAUUUGCAAAUUUUGGAUUACAAUUCCCAUGUCUCUGAGCCAGUAAAGCCAGUCUGCAAAGAUGACUGAAGCUGAAGUCCUAAGUAUUUGCCUAACAUCUUGGUGGGGAAGGUGGCAUAGCCACAACUAGGUUUAUGAAACAAAUUCCUUCCCAUGCCAGCAAGAUACACGCACUUGGAUUGCUUGCUGGGACCCGAAGAGGACUCGGAUCUCUUGAGAGGGCUGUGGUGACCAUACAGCAGCCAGCCAGUGGUUCUAAUGUCAAGAUGUCACUCUGCUUGGCUAGGGUUGUGAUCGGUCAGGGGCCAUCCGAAGCUCAGGGAAACUGAUCUAUUCAGCAUUGAGCUAUUUAGUGUUCUGGGAAGAAAUGCUCCACAUGUCCUAAUGAUUCACAUGUUGACUAAGUACUCACUUGCACUUAAUCAUGGUUUGCUGAAUAAACCACAAUAGGUUGGGUUGGCAAAACAGACUAAGCUUUAAAUGAUGGCUUGGACUCCACAAUGGUUACAUUAACAUGUUAAGGUAAACAUGGUGCCUGGGCAUUGGAGCUCACUCAAAAAACAGUAACGUGGGGUACCACUUCUCAGUUUAAAUUCAGGGGGAGCAAAGAGAUUUGGGAGGUGUGGGUUGAAGGACAGGUCUGGGAGAUGCUCAGACUCCAAUUACAGGGAAAUCCUCUGUCAAAGCAACAGGGUAGGAAUGGAUAUUUAUUGCGGGAAAGGGAAGAUUAGCAGCCUACAGAUAUUUUGUAAUCUUGCUAUGACAGCUUGAAUACUCUGAAGAAUUAAACAUAAAUUGUAAUUUUAAGGGGACUUGUUUACAAUUCUUUUUAAAUUAUAUAAUAAAAGCUAAUUUGAUUCUUUGUUCAAAUGUUA